GGAGAGCAGAAGGCACCUGCUUCAAUGGGCAUUGCCACUGAAGCCUCUGCGAUGCACGCCUUGGUGAGGAGCUCUGGUCGUCUCGCGAAGGGGCUCGGCCGCUUGGUGGUCUCCAGACAUGUUCCGCAGCUGGCAGAGUCCAGAGGGGCCCUGCAGUGUCCGACCCACAGGCUGUUCUUGAAUAGCACAGCCUCGUCAACUCAGUCCGGUAGCCUAAUGGAUUACUCCCUCCCCAACUCCAGCUGGAGUGAAGACAUGAUGGAGGAGUUCAAGAAGUUCAUGGGGAUGUGUGAAGACAGGACGUGGAGAAGGAUCCCUUCUCAUAGGUACUUGGAGAAGAAUAUCUCAGUAUGGAGAGGGAAGGUACCCCAGGAAGAGGAGGAGGGGGGAGAAAAGAAGAGAGAGACCCGAUUCUUUUGCCGAAACAUCGAUGGUGAAGGUCUGGGGUUCGAAUACGUGAUGUUCUUCAACCAAUCCGAGAAAAGGGUCGUGUGCAUUUUCCAGCCGGGGGACUACCUGGAGAGUUAUGCAGGUAUGGUGCAUGGUGGCUGCAUCGCAACCAUCCUCGACAACGCCUUCACGGCAUGCGUCGUCGCCGUCGCUGGCAGAGGCUUUGUGGUGAAUCUCAACGUCAACUAUAAGAGCCCCAUACGACUGGGCUCCGUGGUCCUGGUGGACAGCAAAAUAGAGAAGAUGGAGGGGAGGAAGAUGUUCCUGUCUGGCCAGGUGAGGAGCAAGGAUGGACAGACCCUUCACGCAGACGCCACAGCUCUGCUCAUCUUAAGUGAUUCCAAGAAGUCCUCUCGCCUAUAAGCAUCACCUCUCGAAGUCGAUUUGAAUUCCCACUAUGGAACUGCUCACUCUUCUCCCGUUCUGGGACCAGUUGCUGUGAUAGACCUUCGUCCCCUGCCUGAUCCAACCCCUCAUGCCUUGGCAAAGAAGACCCCUUGAAUCCUGGUCGGCGUUCACUUCAUAUUGACCAAAAGCUCGUUUUGAGCAGCACUGGAAUUUGACCAAUAGGCUGGAGGUUCAAGUUCUCGGCUGUAAACAGGGGUCAUUUCUUGAAGAAGAGAUGCAGGCGCUCAUUA